ACAUUCAACGGUUUCAUUACUUAAAUUCCGCCCUGAAGGGCCCCGCGGCUCGUACAAUCCAAUCGUUAGGCGUGUCAGACAGCAAUUAUAAAGUAGCAUGGGAGAGCCUGAAGAGUCGCUACGAGGACCCUGUUUCGUUGAUUCACCACCAUACGAAUGCGUUAUUAGAAUUAGCAUCAGUGAAACGACACAGUUCGUCCUCACUGAGAGAAUUUAUAGAUUCGGCAAAAAAUCAUGUUCUUGCGUUAGGAGCGUUAGGUGAACCAGUGAACACAUGGGACACUCUAUUGGUUCUUGUCUUAUCGAAAAAGCUAGAUCCGAUUACACAGAGGGAAUGGGAUAAGCAUUUAAUUAAGCGUUCCGAGAGACUAGGAUUCAGAGAUUUCGUGCAGUUUAUCGAACAACAAGCUAAAUUCCUUGAACGAACGAUGAUCAACACUCAACCUCCAAUGUAUGCUUCCAAACCACUCCAUAAGGGUAGGACAACUUCCGACCCAAUAGCCACCCAUGUUUCAAGUGCGCAGAAUAAUUGUGCCUUAUGCAAGGGCAACCAUCAACUGCAUCAUUGUGCUAAACUAUUAGCAAUGCAGCACCCAGAACGGCACGAGACAGUGAAACGCCUUCAAUGCUGUUUCAACUGUCUCGCGCUAGGGCACAGCAUAAAGGGUUGUACUCGAGGCGUUUGUAGAAAGUGUGGAAGAAAACAUCACACACUGCUACAUCGAGACGAAGCAACCACAGACCGGGAAAAACCCUCAAAUCGCGUAUCCGAAGUGACCUCUGUUCGUGACCAUGAGCAAGAUAGACCCUCGACAUCCGGUAUACAAUCAUAUAUCUCGAAUUCAAGGGAGUCCACCGUAGAAUAUACCGUGCUAUCCACCGCAAUUGUUUAUAUCGAAGAUGCAAGGGGUAACGCACACGAGUGUCGCGCGCUGCUAGACGUCGGACCGCAAGUCCAUUUCAUUACCAAUAGUUUUUGUGAAAGGUUGGGCCUGCCAGCCUCGACAAUAGAUGUGACCGUGGGGGGUUUAAGUAGAGUAGCUAAUUCUGUCAAACGCAAAACAAACGUGACGAUAAAAUCGCGCUGUGGUAAUUUUAGAUCAGAUUUAUCUUGCUUGGUAAUAAAAAAUAUCACCGAAGACAUGCCCAACGUACCAGUAACCCGAGAGGCACUUACCACUCCUUCUGGAAUUUUGCUCGCGGAUCCGCAAUUUGACCACCCCAGUCGGGUUGACCUGCUAAUCGGAGCCGGCCUGUUUUGGAAAUUGCUGUGUAUUGGGCAGCACAGGACAGGACAGGGUAAUCUGGUGUGGCAGAAAACUCGACUCGGGUGGAUAUUAGGGGGAGCACUGACCUGCCCACGUAGUACGAAGAGGGAGGGGGUUAGUGCGUGCCAUCUUGCAACCGACGACAAACUUCAGCUUGCAAUAGAGAAAUUCUGGGAGGUUGAAACGCAGGGUUGCUCCAACAACACCCAAACACAUCCUCCAAUCACAGACGCUGAAAGACAUUUUACAGACACGACACAACGCGACACGGACGGACGGUAUAUAGUAGCAAUCCCAAAAGGGGAUAACAUAGAACAAUUAGGAGAAUCGCGAAGUCAGGCGGAAAGACGCUUGAUUGGGAUGGAACGGCGAUUUUCUAGAAAUCCGGAACUUCGCGAGCAAUAUUUAGCAUUUAUGGCCGAAUACGAAACCCUGGGUCACAUGACACGCGUGGAUGUAGAUGACAAUGACCAUUCAAAAUCCAGUUACUAUUUGCCUCACCACGUAGUAUUUAAAAAUUCAAGCACCACCACAAAAAUUCGUGUUGUUUUCGAUGGCUCCGCAAAGACUUCGUCAGGUAUCUCAUUAAAUGAUACUCAGUUAGUUGGUCCCACCGUGCAGAGCGAUUUGUUUUCCAUUCUUCUCCGGUUCAGGAAACACCGCUUCGUUCUGUCUGCCGAUAUUGAAAAAAUGUACAGACAGAUUCGCGUUUGUCAGGAAGAUCGCAGACUGCAACGCAUACUCUGGCGCUCGAAUCCAAAUUCACCUAUUCAAACAUAUGAAUUGAAUACGGUGACCUAUGGCACGGCCGCGGCUCCAUUUCUGGCUACACGCGUCUUGAGUCAAAUCGGUCGCCAACACGCGGAAUCAUUUCCAAUAGCAAGUCGCGCAAUCAUACAAGAUUUUUAUGUGGACGACCUGCUUACUGGAUGCGAAACCAUUGAGGAGGCUUUUGAAUUGCGUCAUAGUCUCAUAAAAAUAUUAGAACAAUCAGGUUUCACUUUGCGAAAAUGGGCUAGCAAUAACCCGUCCAUAGUCACGGAAAUGAACGAAAACAGGGGCGCUGUCACAAUAAAAACCGCCGAUAGGGACCCGAAAACCCUAGGAUUACUGUGGACCACGGAAUCAGACGAGCUCCACUACGCGGUAAAAAGUUAUUCAUCCAAUCGCAUCACGAAACGCGUCAUCUUGUCGGAAAUCGCUCAGAUCUUUGAUCCACUCGGACUGCUUGAGCCUAUAAUAACCAAGGCCAAGUUGAUAAUGCAACAACUGUGGCAGAUCCAUAGUCACGGAAAUGAACGAAAACAGGGGCGCUGUCACAAUAAAAACCGCCGAUAG